UUUUGUGUAUUUGGGUAAUAUAAAUUCACCGCCACCAUUACCCACUAUUACCACCCAAUUCAGCAACAGCAACAGCCCUUGGAGGACGUUUGUGCUGUUGGUGAAUCGGUGGACUCCAUGAUGGCAUUGCCAAUGAAUUCAUUAUAUUCCCUAACAUGGGGUGACUAUGGCACCUCAUUGGUAUCGGCCAUACAGCUGUUGCGUUGCCACGGCGAUUUGGUCGAUUGCACCCUGGCAGCAGGUGGACGCAGUUUUCCAGCGCAUAAAAUAGUGCUAUGUGCCGCAUCGCCAUUUCUAUUGGAUUUGUUGAAGAACACCCCCUGCAAACAUCCCGUUGUUAUGUUGGCCGGUGUCAACGCCAAUGAUUUGGAGGCAUUGUUGGAAUUUGUCUAUCGUGGUGAGGUUAGUGUCGAUCAUGCCCAAUUACCAUCACUGUUGCAGGCAGCACAAUGUUUAAAUAUACAAGGACUGGCGCCACAAACCGUGACCAAAGAUGACUAUACGCAUUCGAUACAGUUGCAGCAUAUGAUACCCCAACAUCACCAUGAACAAGAACAAUUGAUUGCCACCAUUGCCACGGCUCCCCAACAAACGGUACACGCUCAAGUUGUUGACGACAUUCAUCAGGCUGGACAAAUUCUGCAGACGACGACACAAACCCAACAAGGCGGACAACAGCAAACGAUUGUGACCACAGAUGCGACCAAGGAUGUUAUACAACAAUAUUUGCCGGCACGCAAACGUAAACCCAGAACUAAGAAAAUGUCACCCACGGCCCCGAAAAUUACCAAAGUUGAAGGUAUGGACACGAUCAUCAGUACACCCACGACAUCGCAUACCACAACCACGGUCCAGACAACACAGCAACAACAACAACAGCAGCAGCAACAACAGGUCCAACAGCAACAACAACAGCAGCAGCAACAAAUCGAAAAUGGCAACGAUGGCUCAAUGAUCACCUCAACACCGAUUAUCAAGAGUGAAGUUACCAAGGUUGAGACAAUUGUUAUGGAUCCGAACACAAGUGAAAUAAGUAUUUCAACACCUGGCAAAACUGGCAAACGAACCAAGAAUUUGAGUGGCGAGAAACCCCGUUCCCGAUCACAAUCCGAACAACCGGCCACCUGUCCCAUCUGUUAUGCCGUCAUACGUCAAUCGCGUAAUCUACGUCGUCACUUGGAACUCAGACAUUUUGCCAAACCCGGUGUGAAAAAGGAAAAGAAAAGUAAGUUAUCAGGUGGUGGUAGUGGCACCGGUGCCGAUCUCGAUACAACCGACGGGGAUGAUGGCGGCAACAAUUCAUCGACAAUGUUAGGUUCAACGACAAUGACCACCGGUGAUGGUGCCAGUGUUAUGCUAGAUAAUACGACGACAACAACAACGAUGGGCGGCAACAAUACGAACGGUGUUAAUGCCUUGGUCACCGCUGUGAGUAAUGCCAUGCCCAUGAAUACAACAUCAACGGCGGUAACUAGUGGCGGUACUCCGAUUAUUGUGGGCAAUACAAUAACCCAACUGCCCGUACUUAAACAAGAGCCAGGUGCUGGUAAUAAUGGUGGGGCAACAACAAUUACCACAACCGCUGGUGGUUGUAUUGUGGGUACGGCAACAGCUCAACAGGUGGCCAAUGCGAAUCAUCAUCAGGGUCAAAUGCAAAAUGUCAUACAUAUAGUAAGCGAGGAAGUUUAUCAGCAGCAGCAACAACAGCAACAGCAGCAACAACAACAACAGCAGCAGCAACAACAUCAACAGCAAUAA